UGGAGAUGGGAAAGGAAGACGUCUCUAUGGCGGGGCGGAAGGAAACGGCCUCGGAGAAGAACCCCUUCCAUACGGACGUUGACGUCGUUGACGUUGACGACGAUGAUGAUGAGGAUGAGGCGAAGGAGGUGUUUCGUGAGGGGGGUGCAGCUGCCGUGUUUGGGAAUGGUGGGGUGAUUUCGGUGCUAUUUGAGACGCCCUCUGGCUUUACGCCAUCUGGCUUUGCAAUUUUCGGUUAUGAUGCGAUCAAUCUCGCUAAAGAAGAUGCCUGGAAGCACAUCUGGGCAGAUUUCAUCGAUGUGCCAAAAACAGCUCUUUGGAUGGAAGCCUUUAAAACUUUUGAGGUCAAAGGCAGUGCCAUUACUGACACUUCUGUUAGUCCAGAGCUUAGUUCGAUGAUCCAGAAGUAUGUUGUCGAUGAGCAAACACUAGCUGUUGGAAAUGAGAAAUACAAAGAUGUCAUUCAGAAGUGCUUGAAAAUACCCUGCGUGUACACUCCUGCUGUCAAGGAGUUGAUGUGGGGCUUGAGGAUUCAGAUGCCUCGUUUUCUACCCGUGGAAAAGUCAGAGAUGGCUAAUGAGGAUCGCUUCCCGAUGAGUGAAGGAAUGAUAUUUCUCCUGAAUUACCAUGACUUUGACAUCAAUCGGCAUAUGAUGGUGACUAAACGUAUUAUUGAGGUGGCAGGCAUUGUGUAUGAGUGUGAUUGUCGUGUCAACAAAUACAAAUACGAUAACGCCUUGUGCUUUGCUGCUCACCAACUUAAGAAAAUAUCUCGGAUUUGCACUCGUCGUUGGGAUUUACUGAAACUUGCGACCGCACUCAAGAUGAUAUGUUACCCUGAAUAUGAAAUUUCAGAUGCCCGACAGCUGUUCUCAAAACGACAUUUGAAGAGGUUGAUGAAGGAUGCACCUCGAUAUAGAAAUAAAAUCCCCAAGAAUCCUUGCAUGAGAGCCUAUAAAGAAAUGUACUCUGCCCGCAAAAUUAGGCUUAACGCAGCUAGUCUGUUGGUCCGUUUGGUCAAGCAGGCCAAAAAGGCAUAUGAAGAUGAUCAGGCAGGCAAAGCUGGAAGUGAUUGUGAAAUUGGUCCUGGCAAGAAAAAGAUUUGUCGUAGUUUUGACCCUGUCAUGAUUGAUGAUCAUGAACUUACAAAGUGUCAUACCACAGUUCCGGAAAAACGUAGGGAAGGACAGGUUCCACCAACUCUUGCACCAGUUGAUACUCAGAUCUCCAGCCACCCAGUGUUAACAUGACGAACAUACCAGACAUCUUAUCUAUGGACAUCCAUCCUUUGAAGGGUUUACAAAGUAGUCCGUGAUUGGAAUGUUAUCUAGACACUUAACGGAUCCAUCAGGUACAUCGCUGUAGGUUCAAUGGAGCAAAACCUACGGACAUUUGGGCUCCAAAGCUACCAGCCGACCACCCAGGAGAAAAACCUGUUUUAUCAGUAUUUUAUUACGCAACUCGCCAGGUUCAGCCAGUGUACUUUUGGCCACCACAUGUUGAGUUUCUCAGUGUACGUAAGAUCCUUCGUUUGUUCUUUUUGUGAAGAAUGAGUUGUAAACGAAUGAGAUAAUUGACGAGUGAUUCAGUUAGUUGUCUUUAUUGAUGACUUGGAAAAA